CAGCAGGAGCUCACAUCCAAUAGCACGAGCGCCGAGAUGAAUAUUCCAAGCGGGAGCGUCGGCUCGAGCGCACAUCUGGAUGCGCGGCGUGACGAGAGAAGGAAGCGCUCAGUGCGAGUUCACGUGGAGAGACGCUGAUCAGACGGUGCCGAGGAGAGGGAUAUGCUGUGUGACGUCACCAGGUGCUCGUGUUAAUGAGACUGACGGUGUUUUUUUUUGUUUUGUUUUUUUAAAUAAAAGAAAGCGUGUCCUCAUGCACCGCGGAAUCCCUCGCCACAUGACAAGCCGCAAUAAGGAGCUCCUGGAGGACAUCGUGUCCAGCCUGUGGGAGCUGGAGACCGCCAGGCAGAGACAGGAGAGACUCGUGCUGGGUGUCCUGGCAACUGGAGGAGACACCGAGACUCCGACAUGGCAGCAGAAACAGCUCAGGGAUGCCCCUGGUGGUGUACUGGAGGUACUGCAGCAGCAGCUCAGUGAAUUAACUGUGGACCCCAACACAGAGGACAGUGUGUCUAGUUCAGGUUUCUACGAGCAGAGUGAGAUUCAGUCCACUUUAAAACACUCGAAAUCUUCACCAAGUCUUUCUUUUUACAGCCACAGAGGCAGAUCAGCAGAAGACGCCUACAUGCUGGACUGGGGGUCCCAAAGGGUACGACCCUUGCGUUCGUUUCUGCCUCGGUCAUUCUCUGCCCCCUAUACCACUUUAGAAGGCAUUGCAGAAGGAAUCGAGGAUGAAGAGGAUGAUGAUGACGAUGGAACUCUGUGGUCAAAAGGUCAAACGGCAAAUGGAGAGGACGUGAAUGAACCGCACAUGAGUCCCAUUAUGAAUUUAAAUAAAGAUGGUGGCCCCAUUGUAUCCCAUGCUGAUCAUCAGGUUCCCAUUGUGGAGGAGGACGAGGAACCUACGGCAGAGGACAUUCAGCAAGCAAUGCGUGUAGAGACUUAUAUUUUGGGUCUUCUGCAACGCUAUUGCAUCAACCAAACACCCACCUCUCCUACUCCUGACUGCUGGCAAGAACUGAAUGCUUAUCCCUCUGACUAUUGCGAACAACCUGAAAAUUCAGAGUGGCAGCAAUGGGAAUUGUGUAACAAUGAAAAGGAAUCGCAAAAUAGGUUGUAUCUGGAAGAUGAGGCUAAUCGAUUCUCACAGGCUUGCAAAGAUCUAACCUUUUCCAUAGAGCCAUCUAGUAUCAUUGCAGAUGUAGACUCACGUUAUCUUCAUCAUUCCAUUGUUUCUCUAACUUCAACCUCUGAAUCUCCCAAACAAGACUGGGAAUCUAUAUCUCUGGACAUGCCACAUCAGCUGCCAAUAGCCAGAAUGUAUCAGGAGGAAAGCUGGCCGCAGAAACAUCUUAAGACAAUUAGCCAAGCUCAAUCAGAAGGCAACUUCCGAUCCCAAGGUUUUUAUACCAAACUUGAACAAGAAUACCCCCCACAGGGCUGGGAUAUGGAUAUGCACCGCUUUAAUGAAGACUAUAUGUCCAAUCAGAGACUCUGGAGCUCCGCGGCAGACCUCGGUCGAGAAGAGAAGGCAAUGUUUUGUAGAGCGGAGGAACGACCACCGAGAGACGCAAACCUGCCAUUACAGAUCACCCCACAUUUGUGUCUGGAGUACAGUGAGCACGAUCAAUGCAUUGGGAAUGAUAUGAAUGCUAGAAGAACUCAAGGAGACGGAUCUGACUCCACGUCGAGUGAGACGUGCUCACCCGGGUCCAGCUUAAAGUCAAGUGACUCUGAUGAAAGUGGGGGCCUAGUGUGGCCUCAGGAAGUGCCCCCUGGUGUGCCUUCUUUCUCCCAGAAUGCACCUACUGCCAUGGUCAGGAUCAAAGCCUCACAUGCACUGAAGAGGAAGAUCCUGCGUUUCCGCUCAGGCUCGCUAAAAGUUAUGACCACUGUGUAGUCUCAGAUAUGAAAUUAGAGAUUUGUUUGGGAUAUGCUGUGCUUCCAGGGUUUGAUGGUGUAAUGAUGAUAGAAAGUGGAAAUCAUCUGAGCACCAAAAGCUGGAUUUAAUACAUGAACUUACUGUAUUCUGACCGAGUUGAAUGUUGAGUGACAUCCUUUGUACAGUUCCCAUAUGGUUUAAUUAUGGAGGAUUCUCAGCACACAAACAUAAUUUUUGGUUUUCUGGAUGAGUGACUUACAGUAAAUACUGUUCUUUCUUAAAAUUAUUUUUGAAUUUUGGCCCUUUUGGUUUCAAUCAUAAAAAACAAACUGAUAUUUCUGAUUUGUGGAUUUCGCUGAUGUUUAAUCUGUCCUGGGUGUCACAAUAGAGCAGCAGGCAUUGUUUCUGCUUUGUCAUGUCUGAAUGCAUUCCUGUGGAUAGUCCAGCUGUCCUUCUCCUCCUACAACAUGCUUGUCAGUGUAUUGUGGCUUUGCCGUUGACAUUUCCUAAUUUGUAUUCUUGGAAUAAGAUCAACAUCAACAACAACAACCCUGUCCAGGAUAAAGUGAAUGAAGACCAAUGAAGGAGGAUCAUGGGCAUGACGCUUAGAAAUACCACAUUGCACCUUAUUUAAAAAGAUUUCUCUUGAUAUUGCUGAACUGUGAUAAUUAAGACACAUUGCCUCUUUUGGGGGCAUAUGCAAGAUGUACUUACUGCAGGAACGAAGAAAGAUUUUUUUUGUCUCCUAGAAGGUUUUCCCUCCACUUUUUAUGAUGUACCUGACAAUAACCAUAGCCAUUGGUGGGCAAAGUAUACAAAUCCUCUAUGUGAGUAAAAGUAGAGAUACACCAAGUCAAAUAUUACUCAAGUAAAAGAUUACAUUUACAUUACAGUAACAUAUGCAAAUGUUUUAACUCACUGUUGGCUAAACCAUAGUAAA